GAGAGUGAAGAGCAUGAACUUCUAUCGAAGGUAGCUGAAAUUAGGAAAAGACUGCGGGCGCGAUUCAAAAAUUUCGAAUCGUUUUUCAAUCGUCACAUUGCGGUGUUCGUAUCUUUCGUAAAGCACAACAUAUCAAAAAGGAUCAAUGACUCGAUGAAACAACUGAAACUCAUCGAAACAUUCUCGACUAUCGGUCAAGUGGAUCAGUAUGUCCACUCUAUGAAGCAUCUGAAACCGAUCGCUGAUCAGUUAUACUCAGAUGUUAACUCGUUGAACCGUCUGCAAACGGCGGUUGGUGUGCGACGAACAGACAUUUCGACCAUACGUUCAAUCGCGUCACAUGUCAACGCUCUAUCGCAACUUUUCGUUGCUUAUCAACACUUUCACCAAUACCAAACGUAUCAUUCAUUCAUUUUAUAUCUGUCAUCAAUGACAUCAUUGAUAACGCAGCCAUCUGCUAAGAAUUUCAUUAUGCAGGCACGAAAUGAAGCAGAUAAAUUGAGAAAGAAAUUGGAUAUAAUCGAUGUAAUGACUUGUGCUCAUCUUAAACCAGCAUAUUGGGCUAGUGUCUCCGAAAUAAUUGGAUUCGAUAUGCGUAUUUAUGAAGAGGCGACGAUAUCAGAGCUACUUGAGUUAUCCUUGGAUAGUAGUGUCAUAAAUGAACUAAAAUUGAUCUGUGCAAGUGCUGAACAACUCGUUCACAUUUGA